GUCUGAUAUUCUUUGUUCUGGCUUGAAACCGUUUUGGUUCCUCUUUCUAUUCCUGUGAAAACAAUAUCCUGUUUAAAAGAGAGAGAACGGCUAUGAUAGUUUUGCAAAAUUAUCCGGAGCAAUUUCAUUAAGCUGGCUGUGUUAAACUCUCAAUAUUGGAUUAGCUCAUACUGAGUGAAGAACCUCGUAGUGUUGCUCUUUGAUGAAGGCAGUUACAUUUAAAAGUGGAACUGAAAACUAUGGCAGAUUCUGCAUGUCGUGAACUGAUCCUAAAGGCAGUAUUUAUGUGCCUCCUUAAACUUGCCUUCAGCUACAGUUUCAGGAGUUGCACAGAGGAUGCAGAUUCUAACCAUAAAAUCUUCACAUGUACUAAAUGUCAUGAACCAGACAUAGCUAAAAUUGUGAGUGAUGUAUUUCCAACAGCAACAAACCUUACAGUUUCUUACAGUAACACUACAUAUGUUCAAGGCCGAAGCUUCUAUCAUCUGUCCAAUCUGACUUCUCUGGUACUGGACAGUAACUAUAUUUCUAAAAUCCACAAAGAUGCUUUUAAUAAUCUGCAACAACUUCAGACUUUAAAUCUGUCCUGCAAUAACAUAUCAUUUCUCCACCGUGAUGUCUUCAGUGACCUCCAUAGCCUCACAGAGCUGAUCCUGGAAAGCAACAAUCUCAAUAAUACUGACAUGUUCCUGUUUUCCAAAUUGACAAACCUAACGAUUCUCAACCUACGCAGGAAUCACCUAAAAAACUUUUCCGCUUUGGUUGAAUGCAUAACAAACCUGUCUAGCUUGAUAAAACUGGACCUUUCCUUUAACAAGUUAACCACACUGAAUCACUCCCACCGUCUGCCAGAGUCGCUUGCCAGUCUAAACCUCAGUUAUAAUAAUCUAUACAAACUGGGAUGUGACAAGUCUUUCCUAAUGUAUGUGAAAGUGCUAGAUUUCUCAGAAAACAAAUUGUCAUCCAAGACUUUUCAGGGCCUGAAUCUGGAGAAUAUAACAUACCUGCGCUUACGCUAUACCGGUGUCUCUGCUAACAAGCUUCUUAAUUAUACCAAUGUACGACCGUGGAGCGUCGACUUCUCUGGUUUGAAACUGAAGGACUCUAAUGCGCUGUCUUCAUUGUGUAAUCUUCUGCGACAUCACCACCAUAAAACACAACACAUACAUAACAUGUACCUCCAGGCCAAUUCCAUAAAAGCACUAAAACGCAACACAUUUGAUAAUUGCCCAAAUAUCACAGGUAUAAUGGACCUCUCACUAAAUGAUAUGAAAACCACUGUCUGUUUACAGUUUCUGCAUGGUCAGUACCAACUGGAAAGUCUCAAAAUGGAACAUAACCAUCUGACCAGGCUACUGCCCUGCAACAAAACAGACAAGCUCUACAGCCUGAGAAGCCUGAGCUAUCGAUACAAUCGUAUUCUACAGGUCGGAGGUUUUGCCUUCAGUAAUACACCAAACUUAACAAACCUCGAGCUAAACAUAAACAUAAUUGCUUAUAUGCACCAUAAAGCCUUACAUGGACUCAAAGAUCUUGUUACACUUCGUCUCGACAACAACCUUUUGACCGAUGUCUACAAUGACAGCUUUGAAGAUCUUACCAGCCUGAAGACUCUCAACCUGCGCAACAACCAAAUAUCUGUAAUUUUCAACUAUACCUUUCAUUCUCUGUCAAAUCUAACUAUUUUAGAUUUAGGCGGGAACAAGAUCACACAGCUGAAGCCACAUGCAUUUGAUGGGCUGCAUAGCUUGGCCAAUUUGUAUUUAGAUAGAAAUCGUCUGAAAGAGAUCGACAGCGGACUCUUUGGGAAACUCCAUGCUACCCUGAAGGUGCUGGAUUUAGAGGCUAACCAAAUUGUGUAUUUUAGAGAACAUAAAUUUUCGCCAUUUAUAAAUAUGUCGAGGCUUCUCGACCUGAAACUUAGUGCGCAGAAACCAAAUGGCAUAAACUUGUUGCCGCGUGCGUUUUUCCGGGGACUAACUUCUCUGAAAAGACUUUACCUAACUAACAACCAUAUCAUUGGAUUUGGUGCUGAAACAUUUGAUGACCUGAAAAGCUUGGAGCUCUUAACUCUAGACAACUCAUGUGCUGGGAUAGCCCAACUCAAUCCUGGUAUUUUCAAAAACCUUCGAAAAUUGAAUUUACUAUCUGUUGAGAACAUGGGCAUUCAAUCUUUUUCAAAAGAGGUCUUUGGAAAUUUGACAGGACUAAAGACACUACAUCUGAAUCGCAAUGCCAUGACAUCUUUGGACAUCAGUUUACUGGACAAUCUGACCAAUCUGACGUACAUUGACAUGCGCAGUUGCCCUCUAAGUUGUGGCUGCCAGAAUAGUGAUCUACAGAACUGGACUCUAACCAAUAAAAAACUCCAAUUUCCAUUUCUUUUCAAUAUUACAUGCCAAGACCAUCCAGGGUCAUAUUUUCACAACUUUGACACUAAUGUGUGUUAUCUGGACAUAGAACUUUACCUCUUUUCCUUAACUUUUACAUUCACAAUUUUAUUAACCUUAAUACCAUUUCUCUAUGUCAGACUUUAUUGGAAGUUUAAAUACGGCUACUACGUGUUUCGAUCGUGGUUUGGAGAACAGUGGCGUCGCUUAAGGGACCAGGAGGAAAAAUACAAGUAUGAUGCCUUUGUUUCCUACAACUCGGCAGAUGAAGACUGGGUAAUGGAACAGUUGCUACCGAAUCUCGAGGGUUCUUCUUUUCGGCUCUGCCUCCACCACAGAGAUUUCGAGCUGGGCCGCGAUAUUGUCGACAACAUUGUGGCUGCUGUAUAUGGAAGUCGCAAAACGAUCUGCGUGGUCAGUCAGAGCUUCCUUCGCAGUGAAUGGUGCUCACUGGAGAUCCAGUUGGCCAGCUAUCGUCUCUUUCAAGAAAUGCAGGAUGUGCUUUUGCUGGUCUUUCUGGAGCCUAUACCCAAGCAGCAACUGUCCACUUAUCACCGUAUGAGAAAGGUCAUGCUUAAAAAGACCUAUUUGCAGUGGCCUGGGUCAAAUUGUUCUGAUCCAAGCAGUGCAAAAGAACUGUUCUGGAAUCAGUUAAAGAGAGCACUAAGGAGCAGCAACACUGGAAACCAAGAGGAGCAGAAGAUGGAGGAGAGUGAUCAGAGGAGACAAGAGAAGGACAUGAAGGAAAGAGAAUAUUUUGUGAAUCAGACACCAACAGAUAAGGAAGAGUAUUACCUAAUGCCCUGACUACAUGUAUAAGACCAAAUUUACAAUAUAAGAUCAAAUUUAAUUUAAUUUACUUCAGUAAAGGAUAUAAAUUCUAUAGCCUGCAUAUAUUACAAACAUGUAAAAAUAAUGAUGAUAAUGGAAAAGAUACAGUCACCUGAAGCAAUUGUUUAUUUUUAUAAGGCUUUUGUGGUAAAAAUGUAAUGAAAAUUAAAUAAAUAAAAUAAUUAAAUAAAUAGAAAUUCAACAGGUAAAAUAACUGUGAUCUAUUUACUUUACAAGAGUAUUAAACAGUUGAAUUCUUAUAUUUCAGUUUACUACAAGAUAUUUUAACAGAUAUAAAACUUAAAUUGUGAAAUCAGUUUGAUAUAAAAUAUUUUAAAUUUUGUACUGCUUUAUUAAAAGGAUAUAACAAAAUCACAUGCAUCUUAUUUUUACAGUAUACUAAAUCUAAGGAAAAAAAAAAGCCCAGUCAAGAUAUAUAGAAUAGAAAAAUACUUAUAGAAGAAAUUUGACUAAAUUAAUAAAUAAAAUAUAUAAGCAGCAUCGUUGUGGAUAGACAAUAAACAUUUACUCUAUUAAUGCAGGAGAACAAAAGAAGCUUAUUGUGCAGGGCUUUUGAUAUUUAUACAGCACAGAGUGAUUUGAUCUUAAAAAGUGUCUUUCACUCUUACUACUUGUGUUAGUAGUAUAUACAAACAUAUUAGAGAAAUCAUAAUGUAAGCACACUGAACUCUCAAAUGACAUGUAGAGGUGAUGGUCUUUCAAUUUUUGUAAAUAUAAAAAGGUAAAUCUGUAAUGCAAAAAAAAAAAAAAAGUUACUCGUACAAAGACAGUAAGAUGUAUGCAUAGUUGGACCAUAUCAUCACCAAUGAUGAUUAGAUGAGACUAACCUUGGCAAACAGCCUUUUCUAUAGGUAAAGGGGUGGAUAAAAUGGUGUAAUUGACCUGGGACAGUGAGUCAUACCAAGACGGUCUGACCUGCGCUGUAUGUUAAAUGGAUGUGGACAGCGAACAAAGGGCUCGUACUGAAAGCCUUCUGAAAGAUAGGAUGCUGAGAAUGACAAGGGAGCCCAUCUUUCUCUUUCAUCCUGAACUUGUUGCUGAUGAGACCAGAAUCUGGAUCCUCCAAAAGAUGGUUCGUGUGUUUUUUGUUUUCUGCUCUCAUAUAUAAAAUUAAGAUCUGUUUCUUCUGUGCACUGUUGAGAGAUUCUGGAGAGAUCUAAAUGUACACUUUUCAAACUCUCUCCUGUGCUCAGUGACUGCUGCUGGGAAUAGGAGUACACAGGAUGAUCAAGCCAAGUGGGGGCUCUGAGUAUAGGGGCGGCAUGCUUGGUAAAGGUCUGGCUCUGGUUAAAGAGGUCUCUGCUGGGAUGAUUCUGAGCUCUGAAGCAAUCCUGAGACAAUUCAUCUGCCCUCCACUGGCCAAACUGCAAAGACUGUACAUUCAAAUUCACAUGCAAAAUAGAGUCCUGAACUGCAAGGUGUCAAAUGUUCUUUCCUCUCUAAUAGUCUAGUUUAUUACAACUUUGGUAUUAUUUGGACUUGAUUCUUUACUUUUUUUGUUGGAAGACAUUAAACUUUGUUUCUGAUUUCACUGA